AUGGUACCUGUAUGGUCACGAGAAAAUAUACGUGCAUUGCAAAAUUUACUAAAAGAUCCAGAAGAACAAGAAGAAGGAAGUGACCAUGAUGAUACUGUGUCUCCAUUGUCGAAAAUAAAGCCAAGUGAUAUUGGUCCAAAACGUCGAUCUGAUGUGAAGAAAGAGAAGUCUAACCAAAAGCCAAAGAAUCCUGAUGAUAUAUGGGAUGCUGAUGAAAUACCUGAAGGUACACAAUAUGAAGAUAUAUAUGAUCCACGACCUCAACCAAAAUAUGAGAUACUGUACAGACAAUCAGUAUCAGCUGAAGAUGUAUUCUUGCAGCUUGGAAAUAAAAAUCCAACAACAGCUUGUUGUGAAUAUAUGGUGAUUAAAGUGAAACUUCCUGAUACGCGAUUAUCUGAUAUUAAUUUAGACGUAAAAGAAACUUUUCUUGACCUCAGAGCACCAAAAUAUAAACUUGGAUUAUAUUUGCCAAAUCCUGUGGAAUCAGAUUCCAGUAAAGCCUCAUGGAAUGAAGACAAAGAAAUAUUAGAAAUAACAUUAAGAAAUAA